AUGCAGAAGAUUCCUUACGCUUCGGCUGUGGGGAGUCUAAUGUAUGCUCAAGUAUGUACACGUCCGGAUAUUGCGUACAUUGUUGGCAUGUUAGGCAGAUAUCUAAGUAACCCUGGAAUGGAUCAUUGGAGAGCAGCCAAGAGGGUUAUGAGAUAUUUACAGAGAACAAAAGAGUACAUGCUUACAUAUAGGAGAUUGGAUCAGUUAGAGUUGAUUGGGUAUUCCGACUCCGACUUUGCUGGAUGCCAAGACAGUAGAAGAUCCACAUCAGGCUAUAUUUAUCUGUUGGCUGGUGGAGCAAUUUCAUGGAGGUCUGCCAAACAGACACUCGUAACUUCAUCCACCAUGGAAGCAGAGUUUGUAGCAUGUUAUGAGGCAUCCAAUCAAGGAAUAUGGCUACGAAAUUUUGUCACUGGGCUGCGUGUUCUGGAUGUCUUUGAGCUUGCAUGUGGGGAUGGGCAGAUCUGUGGGUUGCUUUUAAUUGGUGGGCUUUGUGUGAAUUUGAUCGGCCCUCGUUUGGUUACUGAGAAACCGGAGGAAAAAAAUGAAAAACAAACGAAAAUGUUGGCUCUUGCUCUUCUCUUGUGA